AUGGACAAAGCGACAGCAAUGGCGGCCAAUUUCAAGUCGUCCAAAGGUUUUCUCGACUUUGUCCGGACGGAGCAGAACCAUGGGCUUCUGUCGUCCCGUUGGAUCAACAACGAUCUGAAACCUACGACUCCUGCACAACGAACUUGGACAUGGUACCAUCUUCCACUUUUCUGGGCCGGUCUGGCAUUCGGCACCACUGGAUGGAAUGUCGCUUCAUCAUUGAUCGCGGUGGGAUUGUCAUGGCAGUACGCUCUGUGCUCAUGCAUCCUGGGUAGUGCUAUUGCCGCUUUCGCAGUCACGGCUCUGGCUCGACCGGGCGCACGAUACCACAUUGGAUACCCCGUCGGUCUGCGAGCAGUCAUGGGAAUGUACGGAUCGUUUGUCUUCGUCUGCCUACGUCUGAUGACUGGGCUAUUCUGGUUUGGUAUUCAAACAUACUCAGGUGCCAACUUGAUCUCGACAUGCUUUCUGUGCAUGUUUGGCAGUUCCUGGAAGAACUUUGAAAACACCUUGCCCCUAUCAGCCGACAUUACAUCCAAGCAGCUGGUUUGCUUCUUUGUCGCAUGGAUCAUUCAGAUGCCACUGCUAUUUGUUCACCCGUCCAAGAUCCAAUGGUUCUUCACCCUCAAGGGCCUGGUCAUGCCCUUCGCCACCUUUGGUCUUUUCGGCUGGUGCAUGGCUCACGGCAAAGGCAUCACCACCAUUGACAACCACAGCCUCGUCAAAUCGAGCGACGACGUCCCCUUAGGAUGGGCAGUCAUGGCUGGGAUAAACACCAUCAUGGGCACCUUGGCUUCCCUGGCAGUCACGCAGUCCGAUUUGUCGCGAUACUGUCGAAAACCCUCCGAUGCGGGAUGGUUGCAAGGAUUGGCCGUCUUCGUCUCAAAGACUCUUGUCUUCUUUUUGGGCCUGGCCGCCACUGCAUCCAUCCAAGGCGCAUGGGGUAAAGCAUACUGGAACGUCUGGGAUCUUUUGAAUGCCAUUCUCGAUCAUUACUGGACGGCAAGUGCGCGGACCGCGGUAUUUGUGGUUUCGUUGGCCUUCUACUUCUCCGCCAUCGGUUCCAACAUUGGAACAAACACCAUUGCUUUCGGAGCCGAUCUGACCGGUUUGAUGCCGCGGUACAUGACCAUUGUCCGUGGCCAGAUUCUAUGCUGUUUCCUCGGCAUUGCUCUUGUGCCUUGGAAGAUCCUUGCAUCGGCGCAGAACUUUGUCACCUUUUUGGGUUCUAUGCCCAUCUUCUUUGGGCCUUUGGCGGCGAUCAUGAUCACCGACUACUUCUACGCACGACGAGGCAACAUCCACAUCGUAUCGCUGUAUCAAGGCGAAAAAGGCGCCAUCUACUGGUACACUUUCGGCGUCAACUGGCGAGGUGUGGCGGCAUGGAUCGGCGGCUUUGUUCUAGGUCUGCCUGGUCUUGUUGGCCGAUUCCACCCGGACGCCGUGGGCGAUGCGGCCAAGAACAUCUACCGUAUGGGCUGGCUCAUUACGUUUGUCACCUCGGCCGUCUUGUACGCCGUGCUUGUCACUUUGUUCCCCGUACAGGUCUACCCGGCCAGAUACGAGGGUACAUCUCGCAGUUUUGAAUACCUGGGCAAGACGGACGGGUUCUUUGACGAUGAAAUGGUUGUUUUUAUUGAGGGAACUGUGCCGAACGAUGAUGAUGAUCUGGAGAAGAAAGCUGCCGAGGUGACGGAGACGAAGAUAUAG